AUGCCAUCUCCAGUCUUUGAGAUAAAGGAGCAUAUCUUAGAAUGCCAGCAUAUUCGGGAAUAUGCUAGAGCUACGUCAAAGUCUCAAGAAGAAGUAUUGCACCUCGCAAUCAAACAGUAUGUUCCUGUGGACAAUCCAAACCCCCAACCGGGUGAUAUCACGAUCAUCGGGGCUCACGCAAAUGGCUUUCCAAAGGAAUUAUAUGAGCCGCUAUGGGAAGAUUUACAUGCCCGCUCCAAAGCCAACGGGUUUCGGAUACGAAGCAUCUGGAUAGCCGAUGUAGCUCAGCAAGGAGUCAGCGGGGUCUUAAACGAGGAGCUUCUUGGAAACGAUCCAUCAUGGAUGGACCAUGGCCGAGAUCUUCUGCACAUGAUCAACACGUUUCGGUCCCAGAUGCCCAUGCCAAUCGUAGGCAUGGGACAUUCAUUCGGAGCCGCCAUACUCUGCAACGUCGCGUUUAUGCAUCCCCGUUUACUAUCCACCGUCGUUCUUAUGGAUCCAACCAUUGUGACACAUGCCUCAGCGCCCAGCGGACCGAGCCUUGUCCAAUCCUCCACAUUCCGCCGUGAUCUCUGGCCCUCCCGCGCUGAAGCUAUCGCCGCAUUUGCAAAGUCAAAGUUCUACCAAUCUUGGGACCGGAGAGUGUUCGAGCGAUGGUGUCAAGUCGGAAUCAGAGAUACUCCUACUAGAGUCUACCCCGAUGAAUACGGAAACGCAACUUUGAGUACGACGAAGCAUCAAGAAUGCUUUACCUUUAUGAGGCCAAGUUGGGAUGGCAUAAGUCCAGAUGGCUCGAUCAUUCUGCGGAGAGAUAUGGUUCCAGAUAUAAAUAUGGAACAGCCAAAAAGAUACCCUCUGUAUCGUCCCGAACCGCUAGCCGUCCUGCGACGGCUGGGUGAAUUGAGGCCAAGCGUAUUGUAUAUCUUUGGAGAGACGAGCCCCAUGUCUCCCCCUGACUUGAUUCACGAAAGGAUGGAGAUCACUGGCAACGCACCAGGAGGCAGUGGUGGUGUGAAAGAAGGGAGAGUGAAGGGGGUUACACUUCAGGGGUAUGGACACUUGGUUGCAAUGGAAGCGAGCGAACUGUGUGCGGAUGCAGCAGCAGCUUGGCUUGGGCAGGAAGUGAAAAGAUUUGAGGCUGAAAGGAAGGCAUAUGAGGAGUGGACAAAGAAGAGCUUGCCUGAGAAGCAAACUAUGUCAGAGGAAUGGAAGAAGCGCGUAGGAGGACCUUUGAAACAGCCCCCAAAGAGUAGGAUAUAA